AUGCAGCAGUCAAGACUGCACGUCCCCAUGCAUUUGGGCCAGGCUGACAACGUACAUGUUUCGGCUCCGCACCAAACAGCAUCGCUCUGCUCCGAUGGUCUUUCUCAAUCCCGCAUGCCAACGGACGCGCUUGCUCCUUCGCUUAGUCUGCUGCCUCCCGAUCUGUUACAGUCGAACCAGCAGCACCUGCUUCCGUCUUUUGCUUCACUCGCUUCCUCUCCGUCCGGCACGUCCGCUUCGCUACUGCCCCACGUGCAAAAACAGCUGCAGCCCACUGCUCAAAGUCUCAUUGCACAGCAGCAGGCUCGUAGCUCGUCAUCGCAACAAACACCAUUGCCCGUGAGUCAACCGUCGCACCAGCAGAAAUCGCAUCAGCCUGCACAGCAGCAACCUCGGUCCUCCCAUCAUAGAGAGCAGCAACAAAAACAUGAAAAGCAACAGCGGCAUCAACAUCAGCUUCCAUCAGGUCAGCAAGCCAACAUUCAUCUCAACGCGCAGCAGCAGCACCCAUCAUCAGCACAGCCGCAACAACCGCCGAGCCUUGCUCACCUGCUCGGUUCCAUUCCAGCCACCCUCGCUGGUUCACAGCCUUCUCUUGUGCAAGAACAUGCUUCGAUUUUGAAUGACGCUCGAUCUGCGGUCUCGAGCUUUUCGCAAUCGUUAUGCGUUGUCAAACAAGCCACACCAGCAGAUCAAAGCGAUAUCCGCAACAUCAUCUCCCUUCUCGAGCGUGCAUCUCAAAAUCUCGCUUCCGAGCUCAAUGAGGGGUGUAACAAGCUUCGUGCAUUGUCCAGCUCACCAGCUUACAACAACUUGGCGGGUCUGCUCAACGCUACAGGUGCUAGUCUGCUCGGCCAAGGCUCUAAUUUAGGGCACGAUCUGUUUGGAGGGGUGCAUCCUUUUGGUAUGCCUGACUCUAACGCGCAGCAGCCACAACAGCAAGCCCAGCAACAGCAGCAGAACAUGUCAGGUUUGCCCUUUGAUCUCGGCAUUGGCUUCCAACAACAAUCGGCAAGCAACGGUAUCUUCAACUUGAACGGCACAUUUUCCAACGACAUUGGCGGAAGAGCCAAUGGACAACAGGGUGCAGGCGCAAACACAUCACCAUUUUUGCCCGCCCUUCUGGCGCAAUACCUCUCGCAAAGCACAGAUCCAUCUAGCCGUAACGGCGCGUUGUCACUUUUCCAGUCGCUCAAUAAUGGAAACGCCAAUGGACCUUUUCCCAAUUCCAUGCAAGGCUUAGAUGCAUUGUUGAACCAGGGGUUGCCGCACCAACAACACCUUCUGCAGCAUGGUCAGCAAACUCGUACAGGCAUGUCUGAUAUGGACCGCGUUCAACUCAACAAUCCAUCAUCUGCACCACAGCUCGCCAAUGGCGCUCCGCUGACCAACGCUGCUGCCCUCACUGCCCUGACCUCGCUCGGGAUCACGCCCACGAUGCUCGAAGCUUUAGGCCUCAAUUCUGUAGCACAGCAAAUGCUCGAUGCUUCCGUCGAUAGCGGUCGCACGCGGGAAGCUUCGAUUAAACCUUCUCGUCAAGCUCAUGAUUCUCCUGGAAUUCGCGACGAGAACCCCAAGCCGGAUCAGAACGGCCUCAUCUCGGAGCCAGCACGCAAGAAGAGAAAGCAUGGCCGGUCGAGAGCCGUUGACACUUCGCCUCUCGUCACCGGCGAAGCGAACAGUUCCAAGCAGACUUCCGAUGCACAGGACCCCAGCACUUCGCGUCCGAGCCAAUCUGCUCCAGUCCACAUUACUCCCUCCAAGACUCCGACAUUCCCUGCCCAUCUGAAUCGUAACCCAAACAACCCGAACGUGGCCGAGCGUUCGGACACCUCAAGGCGUAUUCCUACCCUUGGGGUCGGUCUCCGACAAGAGGGCGACAAGCGCUAUCGAAAUCGCAAGCUCUUGCGCGACCUGAGAGAGCAUCUGUAUCGCUGGUUGGGCACCGACGAGUUCCGCAAACUUCGCAAUACAUAUAAGGUAGCCGAAUGGGUUCCGAAUCCACGCCUGACCGAAGAAGAAAAGCGAAUCUUGGCCUCGUUGCCCGCCGGUGCCGUCGCGCAACCUCCGAUCACGACACACAUCUUUCACGUCGAUUUCACCAGUCGCGACUAUUACCGCACCAACCAGUCGCUCAUUGAAGCCAUCGUAGCGGAAGCAUCGAGGAAGGUGGAGGCUAAACCCGAGGCUUAUUCGAUCGUACCUGGGACGAUUGAUCGCGAUCAUUUGGAAGAUGUGGCCAAGGACUUGAUGGAUUCGGCGAGGUCUGGAUUCCGCAUGUCUCUGCGAACGGGCCUGCAAGCUGAGAAGGAGGACAAGGAGAAGCAUGAGAAGUAUCGAGGCGCCGAGCGAGCCAAAACUAAAUGCCGAAAUCGCGAGAUCGGCGCGGGUCGGUUGCGUCACGCCAUCCCGAAGCAGCUGCUGAUACCGGGUGCUUACUCGGACGAUGCUGCCAGCGACGAAGAUUUGCACGGCCUGACCAGAUCGGAAUGGAAGCGGCAACGUCUGCGCAAGCUACGCAUCGCUAAGGGAUGGGAAGCGGUCACCCCAAAGUGGAGGAACAAGCAUCUCACUCGUGCCUACCACAAGGCUGACAUUGUGAGCAAGAGUAAGCAGAUGGCGCGUUGGCGUCGCGACGAUCUCGUCGACCUGCCCAUUCCCAUCAAGCUGUACGGCAAACUGUUGCCCAAGCAGUUGUUUGAUCCGGAUUGGUUGGCCGAGCAUCGGAAGGAGCUGGAAGAUGAACCGUACUGCAUCCGCAUCAACGAUAAUGAGAUUGACGGGUGGGACGAAGCGCACCAUCCGCUGGGGGAGGAUACGAGCGACGAGAUGGAGUGGAGCGAUACAAAGGAGAGUGUGAUGCGCGAUCGACACUCGGUGAGUGCUAGUGGCAGGCAUCGCGGGAAUACGACGAAUUUGCCGGCUUCAGCCACGGCGACUGGGAGCAAGCCGAUCGAGGGCGAGGUAAAGACUGGUUCCACUACGCCAGUUGCUGCUGGUGGUGGCGGCGGCUCAGGUGGAGCAGCGACGGCGGUAAAAGAGUCACCAGACACACCUGCACCAGCAGCAACCAAGGAUACCCUAUCCACUACGACCAACAGGCGCACAGUCGCGGUCGAGGCAGCAGCGUCGGAUGGUUCUGGUGCCAGCAGCGUCUCGUCUAGCUCCCGAUCCGCUGCUUUCGAUGCCGGUGAUACAGCUGGGAGCGACACGGAUUCCGACUCUUCUAUCGCCGCAGCUGACGCCGUCGACGAUUAA